AUGCUUUUCCUCCCAGCUGCUGCUCUCUGCUGUCUGUGUUCAGCGCUGGUUGCCAUGGCAGCAGAGCUGAUUCAGGACGAUUUAACAUUGACCAGGAGAGUCGGGGACACAGUCUCCUUCAGCUGUGGAGGAGCUGAUCAGUGUGACACUAACUAUGUAUAUUGGUACCAGAAGAAAGACACAGAAACAUUCAAAGUGAUUCUGGAUAUUCAUAGACGUAAUUGUGCAGUAGAUUCAAGCUACAAUCAUCCUCAGAAAGAUGAUUUCUCAGCUGUGAGCAGAGCUCAUGGCUGUGAGUUAAAGAUUAACAAAAUCAAAUCAGAUCAUUCAGCCUCCUACUACUGCUCCUGUGUGAAACCAGCUGAGGGAGGACCACCAGAAAAGAUCUUUGGCUCUGGGACUAAACUGUAUGUAACAGAGCAGCAGGUAGUGAAGCCCGUGGUGAGCGUGUACCCAGCAGCCUCCAGAGAUCCCCUGAAGAACCACCUGCUGUGUGUGGCCUCAGCCAUGUUCCCUCCUGAGGUCCAGUUCUCCUGGAAAAGACUGAAGCAGAACGGCGGCCUGGAGGAGCUGAACUCCAGAGAGGGAGAGCAGCUGGAGCUCAGAGAGUCGGGACGCUCCACCGCCAUCUUGGUGCUCGGUCAGCAUGAUCCUGAAACACAAUAUUACUGCUCCGUGAAGCAUGAGGAAGUCAUAGAGGUCACUGCCUCUCCAUCUACUGCUCCCUCUACUCCUCCUCCUCCUCCUCCUCCUCCUCCUCCUCCAGCCGUCCCUCCACCACUCUGGUCCAGAGAGAGGCUGCUCUGCCUGCAGUACACAGUGCUGAUAGUGAAGAGUGUGGUCUACUGCUUUGGACUCUCUCUGAUGAUGAUCCUCAGAAACAAAGGACCGUCCACCAGCUCCACACAUGCUGACUGACCUCCAAGAGCUUUGACGUCUCACUCACACCUGCUGGAAAACUCAAACAUGUUUUCUGUCAUCAACUAUAAAGAACAACAAAGAUUAUUUUGAAACAAUCUUCCUCCUGAACACAUGUAGAAAACACAGAGAAGAAGAACAGAAAGAGGAACUUCAGUUCAGUCAGUAUUUUAAACAAAGAAACUAAUACUUGACGAAAACAAAAAAAAAGUUUUUUCUGAAAAGGUUUGUAAAAGAUUUCAGUUUGUAGUGAUGAAUUUAAAAUAUGUGAAUCUCCACAUUUCUUUCAAAAAUAUGUAGUUUCUUUCACUGACUGUAUUUUAGUUCUUAAUUAUCAAAAAUGUUCAUGGUUGGCUAUAUUGGAAAAAAAAAAACACAUUUUACACAGUUCAAAGAUUUUGACAUUUCAAGUAAAAUUAUGUUGAACCAUUUAUUCUAUUGAUAUAUCAGUUUAUUCAAUUAUAUUUCUCUGCUUUUCUUU